AUGAGCAAUAUCCCUCGCCGUAUUCACCGUAUCAACAACCUUGCCGAUGAAGCCGAAGUUCAUAGCCUUGCCAUCCGCCUCAUCAUCAUCGUCUUCGUCAUCAUAUCCACUCUCAUCUCCCGUAGUAUACAAGUCGUCGUAGUCGAAGGAUAG